CUUGUAAUAUUUCAUACUCCCAUUCGCACGAAUAUAUUUUCGUUUCGAAAAAUAUCGCUUCGCGCGAAAAAAAUCGCAAGUGGAAGUCCGGCGGCUUAAACCACACUUCACACUAACGUUGCGCGAGGUUGAUCAUUCAAUGCAAGAAAUUAUUGAAGUCAUCAAGUUACUCAGGAGUAAGAAAGGAUUCCAUUGUGGUAAAUCAAGUUUUCACAAUGGAAGGUCCCGUUAGUGAAGUUUAUGUUGAAGUCAAUGGGGUUGGAUAUAAAAUCACUAAUACAAGUACAAAAAUUUCAUUGAAUGAAUGGCUACGAGCUCAACCUGGUUUGAAAGGAACAAAGGUUACAUGUCAACAGGGUGGAUGUGGAUCAUGUGUGGUAGCAUUAACAAAACAAGAUCCUGUUACAGGAAAACAUAAGACAAUUGCUGUCAAUAGUUGUCUAAUUCCAUUAUAUGGUGUGGAUGGUUUAAAAGUCAAAACUAUAGAAGGGAUUGGCAGCAGUCGUGUAGGUUAUCAUCCAAUCCAAGAUCGUAUAAUUCAUUCAAAUGGAAGUCAAUGUGGAUUUUGUACACCUGGAAUGGUUAUGAAUAUGUAUAGUUUGUUGUGUGAAAACCCAUUACCAACUAAACAAGAAAUUGAAGACAGCUUUGAUGGAAAUAUCUGUCGUUGCACUGGUUAUCGUCCUAUUCUUGAUGCCAUGAAGUCUUUUGCACAAGAUGAAAAUCCAAUUGAUAUUGAGGAUCUAACUAAAUGUAAAGGCACUAAAUGUCAAGAGAAAUUCAAAUCCUGCUUCAGUUGUUUUGAUGUAACAAGUACAGCUUCUCCUCUUUGGUAUAAACCUUUAUCUCUCACCGAUCUCUAUAACAUUCUGAAAGUACAUUCGUCAGAUUCAGUUAGAUACAUUGUUGGCAACACAGGAAAAGGAGUUUACAAAGAUGAUGACAAUGACAUCGAUGUUUACAUUAAUAUUGCAGACAUUCCUGAUUUGAAUAUCAUCAAGGAAUCUCAAUCAUCUUUACUGUUAGGAGCAGCUUUGUCAUUAAGCACUGUGAUUAACGAAUUGAUUGUUCGUUCUUCAAAAUCAAAAUCUUUUGAUGUUUUAACCUCUCAUAUAAAAAAGGUUGCCAGUGUUCCUGUGCGAAAUGUUGGUUCAUUUGGUGGUAACUUAAUGUUACUUUACGAACAUCGAGAAUUUCCAUCAGACAUAUUUACCAUCAUGGCGGCCGUUAAUGUAUCUCUAACAAUUGGUUCCGUUGAUGGCUCUAUAAAUUCAUAUUCCCUUGAAGAAUUUCUUUUAUUGGAUAUGAAAAACAAGGUUUUAAUUAGUGUGGAAGUACCAUAUUCUAUCAAGAAUGAAGUUGUUUCAACGUUCAAGAUCAUGCCAAGACAUCAAAAUGCGCAUGCGUAUGUAAAUGCUGGCUUCAGAGCAGUUGUUGGUUCAUGUUUAACAAUUCAAGAUACGCCAAGUUUGAUAUUUGGUGGAAUAAAACUUUCUCCGCUUCGUGCGAGGGAAACUGAAAAAUAUCUUUCUGGAAAAAAUCUUCUCGAUGCUUCCACUUUUAAAGAUGCCUUAGCCAUUUUAAAAAAAGAAAUAUCGCCGGAUUCAUUUCCCACUUUCACUUCUGUGAAGUAUAGAAAAACUGUUGCGUUAGGUUUGUUUUAUAAGUUUUAUCUUUUGCUUCUUGGAGAUAAGGCAAGUGCGAGGGUAAAAUCCGCUUCCUUGCCAUAUAUUCGACCGAUUUCUUCAGGAAAACAGAGUUAUGACACUGAUGCUAGUCGCUAUCCACUUACAAAACCUAUGACGAAGAUUACUGCGAAGUAUCAGGCAUCUGGUGAAGCUCAAUAUACAGACGAUAUUCCAAAACAAGAUGGUGAAGUUUACGCUGCAUUUGUUACUACAACAGUGGCGAAUUGUAAGAUUGGAAAUAUUGAUACGUCCAAAGCCAUGGCAAUACCUGGUGUUCUCAAGUUUAUAUCAGCUGAAGAUAUUCCUGGUGUAAAUAACUUUAUUGCUUCGGCUUCUUCUUAUGAACAAGUGUUUUGUGAUGAAGAGGUUGGAUAUGCUGGACAAGCUGUUGGUGUCAUUGUUGCAGAAACUCAAAGUAUUGCUGAUAAAGCUGCUGAAAAAGUUGAGAUUACCUACACUGAGUGUAAAAAACCAAUUAUUACUAUAGAAGAUGCCAUAAAUGCUAAAUCUUUCUUCACGGAUGAAACUGUAAACUACACGUAUGGAGAUACUGACAGUGCGAUGAAAUCAGCAGAUCACGUGGUUAAUGGUGAGAUUUCCAUGGGAACGCAACAUCAUUUUCAUAUGGAAACUCAUAUAAGUUUAUGCAUUCCUGGUGAAGAAGAAAUGGAAGUUUUUGCUGCUACACAGUGGAUAGAAAAUACUCAAGCUGCCAUUGCUCAAGUGUUGAAUCUUCCUCAGAAAAGUAUCCACGUUUCUUGCAAACGUUGCGGUGGUUCUUUUGGAAGUAAAGCUUUACGUGAAGCAAUGAAUUCCACAGCUUGCGCUUUAGCUGCAUAUGUAAUGAAUAGACCUGUUCGUUUGAGAAUGAAUUUGAGAACAAACAUGACUAUGGUUGGAAAACGUUUUCCUUAUAUUGCAAAGUAUAAGGUCGGUGUGAGUAAAGAAGGAAUAUUAAAAGCAGUUGAGCUUUCGGUGUACUCAGGCUGUGGUCUUGCUACGACAGAAACAUUAUUACCUUAUAUGUCUACGUUUGUCGACAAUGCUUACUUUUGUGAAAACUGGAAAUUUUUUGGAGUUCACUGCAAGACAAACACCGCUACAAGUGCAGCCACUAGAUCACCGGGAACUAUUCCAUCGAUAUUUAUUAUCGAAACAGUCAUGAAUCACGUGGCAAAGGUGCUGGGUAAAAGCCCGGAUGUAAUACGUGAGAUAAAUUUUUACAAACAGGGACAGACAACGUUUUAUAAACAGCCUCUUCCAUACUGCAGUAUUUCAAAAAUAUGGCAAGAUUUAAAAAUCUCAGCUGAAUUUGAAAAACGUAAAGCUACAAUUGCUGACUUCAACAAGUCAAAUCGCUGGCGUAAACGUGGUAUAAGUAUGGUACCAUUACGUUAUGGUGUAGAAUGGUCGGGUUCCCAGUACACAGCUUAUGUUGCAAUAUUCCGUAAAGAUGGAACGGUCUCAAUUUCUCAUGGUGGUGUUGAAAUGGGACAAGGAAUUAAUACCAAGGUUUGUCAAGUGGCUGCAUAUACUUUGGGUUUUGGUUUGACUGUAGAUCAAAUUUCUGUGAGACCAGCGACAAGUUUCAUGAAUCCGAACGGUUCCGCUACAUGGGCGAGCAUAGGCAGUGAACUUUGUUGUAAGGCUGUUAUCAAUUGUUGUACUGCUCUCAAAGAAAGAAUUUCUCGUGUUGCUAAAGAUAUGAAGCCUGGAACGAGUUGGAAAGAGAUCAUUGCUAAAUGUUACGAUUCAAAAGUUGAUUUGUCCGAAAAGUACAAGUUGUUUGAGGAAACUUCUCAUCCUUUUAAGUAUAAUAGUUAUGGUUCAACUUGUACUGAAGCAGAAAUUGAUGUUCUUACUGGUGAAACUGAAAUAAUAAGAAGUGAUAUUUUAUUUGAUUGUGGAUCAAGUAUGAACCCUGAAAUUGACGUUGGUCAAGUAGAGGGAGCAUUUAUAAUGGGUCUUGGUUAUUGGCUUACAGAGAAAGCUAUUUUUGACGAGACUGUUGGUCUUCAAUUAAAUACAGGAACUUGGGAUUACCAUCCCCCGUCUUCAAAAGACAUUCCUGUUGAUUUCCGGGUGUCUUUGUUGAAGGACGCUCCAAAUCCUCUUGGUGUUCUUCGUUCUAAAGCUGUUGGUGAGCCGCCUCAAUGUAUGUCGUGUUCAACUCUUUUUGCUGUUCAGGAUGCCAUUUAUAAUGCAAGAGAAGAAAUUGGUAAAAGUAAAGACUACUUUGCUCUUAAUGGUCCUGCGACUGUCGAUGAAAUUCAAUUAAAUUGUUUAGUCGAUCCUUCUCAAUUUGUGCUGUAAUGUAUAAAAUUGAGCCUGCAAACCUCGCUUGCUUUCUUCAUAUGUGUUUAUUGAUGUUGUGCUAAUGAAAAAUCUAGAUUUUGUAUGAUUAUUUUUAUUUACGAUAAUGCAAAACGUUGAUUGGGUUAGGUUGAUUUAUUGCUUUGAUUAUGAUGCAAAUUAUAAAGUAGCUAUGUAUAUAUGUCAAUGUAAAGAAUUCUAAAUUAUUGAAAUCUUUAGUUAAACUUCGCAUGUAGUUGUUCAGUUAUAUGAUCAGAUAUUUAUACUACAUUUUUGUAGACUAUGGACGAGUUUUGUUAUUAUUAUUGUCUUUAAGGUAGCAUCUUAAAACCAUCAAUAAAGUGUAGAGUUUGA